AUGUCAAAAGAUGAAUUAAAGGACAAGAAGAGAAAGGUGGAAGAUGAGGAGUUGAAGAGUAAGAAAAAAUUGAAGAAGGACAAGAAAGACAAGAAAGACAAGAAAGACAAGAAAGACAAGAAGGAUAAGAAGGAGAAGAAAGAAAAGAAGGAGAAAAAGGAUAAGAAAUCAGAAACUGAAAGCUUUGCUGCUUCUGCCUCUCAAUCUGAUAUUGAUGAAUUUUUGAAGGAAAAUGAGGUUACAGUUAGCGACCCAUCAGGUUCCAAUAUUGUACCAUAUUUAGACUUUUCCCAAGUGUCGUUUAUUGAUCAGAUUCAAAAGGAAAUUUCUAAGUUCCCAAAACCAACUCCAAUUCAAGCUGUUUCCUGGCCAUAUCUAUUAGCUGGUAAGGAUGUUAUCGGUAUCGCUGAAACUGGUUCGGGUAAGACUUUUGCUUUCGGUGUUCCAGCUAUCAACAACAUUGUCACAUCAGGAGACAAGUCAAGUUCCGUCAAGGUACUUGUUAUCUCACCAACUAGAGAAUUGGCCUCUCAAAUUUACGAUAAUUUGAUUGUUCUUACUGACGCGUGUGGUUUAAGAUCUUGUUGCGUAUACGGUGGUGUUCCAAAGGAUCAGCAAAGAGAAGAUCUGAGGAGAUCCCAAGUCGUUGUUGCUACUCCAGGUAGACUGUUGGAUCUAAUAGAGGAAGGCUCUGUUGAUUUGAGUCAUGUUAACUACCUGGUCUUGGAUGAAGCUGACAGAAUGUUGGAAAAAGGUUUUGAGGAAGAUAUCAAAAAAAUCAUUAGACAAACAAGAUCCACCUCUAGACAAACGUUGAUGUUUACCGCGACAUGGCCAAAAGAAGUUCGUGAACUUGCUUCAAGUUUCAUGAGUGAACCGGUUAAAGUGUCUAUUGGUAACAGAGAUGAACUGUCAGCAAACAAAAGAAUUACUCAGAUCGUGGAAGUUGUGGAUCCGUUCAGAAAGGAAAAAAAACUGUUGGAACUGUUGAAGAAGUACCAUUCAGGCCCAACAAAGAACGACAAAGUUUUGAUAUUUGCCUUGUACAAAAAGGAAGCCUCUCGUGUUGAAAGAAACUUGAAAUACAACGGUUACGAUGUUGCUGCCAUUCACGGUGAUCUUUCUCAACAGCAAAGAACUCAAGCUUUGAAUGAAUUCAAAGCAGGAAAAUGUAACUUACUUUUAGCUACUGAUGUGGCAGCCAGAGGUUUAGACAUCCCAAACGUGAAAACCGUUAUCAAUUUGACUUUCCCUCUAACAGUAGAAGAUUACGUUCACAGAAUUGGUAGAACCGGUCGUGCUGGUCAAUACGGUACCGCACACACAUUGUUCACUGAGCAAGAAAAGCAUCUUGCAGGUGCCCUUGUUAAUGUCUUAAAUGGUGCUGGUCAACCUGUUCCUGAGGAGCUCAAGAAGUUCGGUACUCACACAAAGAAGAAGGAACAUAGUGCGUACGGUGCAUUCUUCAAGGAUGUGGACCUAUCAAAGAAACCAAAAAAGAUUACAUUUGAUUAA